UCACGUCAGGAAAAUUUGGUGUCGAAUCUGUGCCGUGUGUGUAUCGCUUUUUUCCUAAACCAUAAAUCUCUAUCGAAUGGUUUGGUAUCCGUCGGACAGAAGACAUUUGAACUUAAUCGCCUACGCUGUAUAAGCAUUCUGCUCCGGUAUUUUUGCUUUCGGAGCACUACAGUUCCCACAAUCGAAAGCGUUUGUCCCGUGGUGGGUGAGCGUGGACUCUGGGAAAGCUGCCACGGGAGUGGACGUGCAAAUUAUUAUUGUUUCCAAACUCGUGCGUAAGACCACAACACCUCAUCGAAAAUGGCUGGCGGAAGCCUACCAUCGAAAGAGGACAUUGAUGCCAUCUUCCAUCGGCUGCGGUCGCAAUCGACGAAUAAGAGCUGUUUCGACUGUGGAGCGAAGAACCCGACCUGGUCUUCGGUUACAUACGGUGUGUUUAUUUGCAUCGAUUGUUCCGCGGUGCACCGGAACCUUGGCGUGCAUCUGACAUUCGUGCGCUCCACCAACCUGGACACGAACUGGACCUGGCUGCAGAUCCGCCAGAUGCAAGUCGGUGGCAAUGCUAACGCUGCUCAAUUCUUCCGUCAGCAUAAUUGCAACACUACCGACGCCCAGCAAAAGUAUAACUCGCGUGCCGCCCAACUGUAUAAAGAUAAGUUGCUUAAUAAGGCUCAGCAGUCGAUACAGCUUUAUGGCACUACGCUGCACAUUGAUAAUUUAAACGACCAACACCUGAACACUGCCGGCGAUAAGCAAGAGGUAGACUUUUUCUCCGAGUGUGACAACUUCGAUGGCGAUAGCGCCGCCGUAUCAGCCGUACCUUCCGCGGCGAAGGACGAAAGGAACAAUAAUACCAACAGUCUCAAGCAGGACAGAGAGCAGGAAAACAUUCCUAAGUUGGCCUCCCUCAGUGCCACAGUCGAUCCUGCCGCCGGUCCGAGGGUUGAUUUUCUUACCUCGGAAAUCCAGCUCGAUGCUCCCAAGUCGACGAUCGGCGUGCGUAAGAUUCAACCGAAGAAGGCAGGCCUAGGUGCAAAAAAGGGGGGACUCGGCGCGACCCGCGUUAAAACGAACUUUGCCGAAAUCGAGGAGCGCGCCAACAUGGCCGACAAGCUGAAGCUCGCGCCCACCUUGGAGAAGCCUGUCAGUGAGGAGGAAAAGGCCGAAACGCUCGCCAGUGUGCGGCUUGCCUACCAGGAUCUCUCGAUCAAGCAGCACAAGGAGGAGGAAAAGCUGAAAGCGAUCGAUCCGAACAAGGCGAAGCAAAUCGAACGGCUUGGUAUGGGAUUCGGUCGAGCGACCGGCGUUUCCCAUUCGGCACUGACCGACAUGAAGACGCUCACGCAGGAGGAAACGACGACGCGGAGCGGUAUGUCGUUAUCGAAGGCGUUCGAUCGUGAUAACGACUCGUCGAGUGGUGGUGGUGGCGGUGGAGGUGGAAGCACUGGUGGCGGUAGUGGCAAUGGAGGAAAUGACUUUUUCGAUGAUUAUUCCAACAUCUACGGGUAUUCCGGCAGUGGUAAGGGGGCGGAUCUGAGCGAAGCAACACAGAUGGGCUUUGAUACGCUGGAUCCGAUCGACAGCAAGCGUCCUACGGUUAAAACUAUGUUCUCGCCGACGGGCAGCAGCAGCAGCAGUAGCAGUGCAAAAGGUGCCACCAGUAUUAGUGAUCAACCAACUUCUUACAGCCGUGGCGGCGGUGGUGGCAGCAGUAGCAACCGUAGACCCGGCAGCAACCAACAAUCGUCAUCCGCCGACUUGAGCGAUGUGGCGCAGAAAAAGUUCGGUUCAGCGAAGGGCAUUUCGUCGGACCAAUUUUUCGGCGACGAACAGUCCGCCUACGACCGAUCGGCAAACCUUUCGAAGUUCCAAGGCUCAACCAGCAUCUCUUCGGCGGAUUACUUCGGCAAUGGUUCUUCGAUGGGAUCGGGUGGAAGAUCCGGUGGAGGAUCGCGUGGUCCUGCCCUGCAGUACAACGGUCCGGACUUGGAUGAUGUAAGAGAAAGCGUACGACAAGGCGUCACAAAAGUAGCCGGACGAUUGAGCAAUCUGGCAAGCGACGUUAUGAAUUCGAUUCAGGAUAAAUAUGGCUACUAAAGUACAUCGAAAUGGCAAAGGAAAAACAAUACGAUGAAAGAUACAAAUUUCAACAAUCAACACAGUUUAUAGCUUACUAGCCAGCCAACCAGCCAGCCAGGCAACCGGCCCCACCUGGACUAGCGGCAACGUCUGAAAGGACGACGAAAGGAAGUUUAAAGUGCGUCUUUGUUGUUAGAUUAUGUUUAUGUUAGUUUUAUAUAUGUAUGUAUUUGUAUUCUGCUUCGAAAACGAAAUACAUUUAUCUGCUGUUUUACAAUUUAUCA